GAAGGAGGAGGGUCUAGAAGUCUAGUAGAGCUGCUGUAGAUCACAGAGAAUCACUCAUCAUCAACCCAGGAUGGAAGUGACACCACUCUAUUGGAUACUCUUGCUUUUCAUCUCCAGAGUGGCUGCAGGUCAGUCUCCAGGUUCUCUGAUUGUCAGACCCAACAGAUCUCAGUUCUUUGAAUAUGAGUCUGUCUCUCUGAGCUGUGAGGUUCAGGGUGGUUCUACUGGAAGGAGAGUGGAGAGGAACCCAACAAGUGGAAAGCUUACAGAGUGUGGUGAUGGAUGGGGAAGGUUUGAUGGAACCAACUGCAUCAUCUCCUCAACCAAAUCAACAGACAGUGGAGUUUACUGGUGUGGCUCUGGAAAACACAAAAACACUGUCAACAUCACCGUAACUGAUGGUCAUGUGAUCCUGGAGAGCCCCGCCCUUCCUGUGACUGAGGGAUUUAAUGUGACUCUGAAGUGCAGAAAUAAGACCAAUCCCUCUGACCUCACAGCUGAUUUCUACAAAGAUGGAUCCCUCAUCAGGACUGAGUAUACAGGAGAGAUGACCAUCCCUGCAGUAUCACAGUCAGAUCAAGGACUUUACAGCUGUAGACACCCUGAACUAGGAAGAUCACCAGAGAGCUGGAUGACUGUGACAGCGGCAACCCCAUCUACAUCUCCAUCUCUACCUCCACCUCCUUCUCCACCAUUUAUCUCUCCGUCCAGACUGUUGUGUAGUCUACUGGUGGUGUCUCCAUACCUGGUGGUGACCACUGUACUGAUGGUGAAAUACAGCAGGAACAGGAACAGAGCUUAAGGUCAGAAGACUGUGAAGGCCACUCCAGAUCCUUCAACUUCUUCUGCUGUAACCACUGGAGGGUCAACUUGGCCUUGUGCUUAGGGUCACUGUCAUGAUGGAAAGUCAUAGUGUCCCAUGCACAGCUUUUGUGCAAAGGAAAGCACAUUUUCACAAGAUUAUCUGGGCCUCUAGAGCGCAUACCCACCCCACCUCCCAAAACAUCAGUGGGUCACCACCAUCCUUCACAGUGGGGAUGGUAUUCUUUUGACUAUAGGCCUUGUUGACCCC